AUGGAAGAUUUUAAUGACAAUGUGGACGGUAAACUGGCCUUUAGAAUGCGAAAAGUCAACUCGGAACAGUUCCACACCCUUGUCAAAAUGCAUCUGUCUUUUGAAUUGGAUCUCAAUACAGAAGACAAUGACUGUAUCAACGAAAAAGCAAAAUUAAAGAAAUGGGGUCUCCUGAGCUUUACAAAGAAACCUAAGUCAGCAAUUAAUUUACAAAAAGUUAUAGAAGGUGCCAGUUUGACUGAAGAUGGAAUUAAUCAAGUGAAACAACUAAUAGAGUAUUUAUCCGAAGAACAAAAUAUUAUUCAAGAGGGCAUAUUUCGACGUACUGGUAAAUUAACAAGACAACAGGAUUUAAAGACUGCAAUGUAUCAAGGCAUUCCGUUAAAUCUCAAUGAUGGUCAUUACAGUGUUCAUGAUUGUGCAUCUGUAUUAAAAGGAUUUUUGGCAGAAUUGCCAGAACCAUUGCUGUCAGAUUUGCAUUAUCCUGCACAUUGUCAAAUGGCUGAGUUAUAUGGUUCUGAUACGAAUGGCAAUGAUGCAAGAUUAUUAAGAUCUCUUCAACUGCUUCUAUUACUUUUACCAUAUAUGAACAGAAUUUUACUUAAGUAUGUUCUAACGCUUCUUAAUAGAACAGCUACUUUUGAAUGUAAAAACAAAAUGAAUUGUGACACACUCGCUACUCUUUUUACCCCUCAUUUACUGUGUCCAAGAAAGCUAACACCAGAAGCUUUACAUAUCAAUUCCCAAAAUUUGUCAUGCUUAGUUGCCUUUAUGAUUAGAAAAGGAGUUGAAUUGUUUGAAAUUCCACCAAAACUAGCUACAGACAUUAGGGCAUAUUGGGUAGAACAAGAAAGGAAAUUAUUGAGCCCUAAAAACUCUGAUUUAAAUGAAUCAAUACCGGAUGCAACAGGCACAGCUCAUACUGUGUUUAGUUUUGUAGAUCAUAAAUUAACAGCAAAAGCAAAUUCCACACAAGAUACUCAGGCUGCUUUAGCUCAGCUUUAUGCUCAUAUACAAGCUAUGCCAGAAUCAGCUAAGAAGCGUAGACUAGUAAAGCAAUUUAACAAAGAGAAUGGUCAAGGUACACCAAGACAAGUUAAAAAUUGUCGAACUAAGAGCCUUGGUGAUUCAAUUAAGAAGCAUAUUUUUCAGAAGAAGAUUUUGGGGCAUAAGAAAUUUAUUGAUUUUAAUAUAGGUUGCAAUAUCACUAGAUCUAGUAGUGAAGAAAAUAUAUUAUCAUCGAACCUAGAGAAAUCAUUACUUCAGACAAAAGUUCUAUUUAGUAAAUCAGAUGAUGAACUUAGCAUGGAAACUUGCGAUGCGAAUAAUGACGGCAGUCUUCUCCAUACUAAACAUAUUAGUAAUAGUACCGGUAGUCUUAAUACUCCUACAUUGAGAAGUUACAAAGACAAGAGAAAGACUAUGUUGAUGAGAUUUGUAGACAUAAAAGAGGAAAAAUCAGACGAAAAACAUCAUAAUUGGAGUUCCAACAACUCAAUUACAAACUGUGAUGGGGACUCACGUACAAAUGAUUCUAUUUGUUCAAACAUGGCCGAUGGAAGUCUAUUUAUACACGAAGAACGGUUUAAAAUGGGGAAUUCAGAGUGUGAUAGUGAUACUACAUCUAGUAUCCUUAGAUUAUCUAGACAACUGAGUGAACCACCUGAUAUAUAUUCCUCUCAUAAUACUUUGUAUAAAACUGGAGAAAGUGGAUUAGUAAAACAAAAUUCAGAACCUAUAUUAUCAACAUCAAAAUCAACUAAUGUAGAUACGAUUUCUUCUAAGUGUAUUGAGGACAAUAAGAAGUCACUAGAACAUUCGAAAAUGGAAUUGCACUCUGAUAGUACAUGCGUUCACUUAUCUCCUAUAGUGAAAAAUAGACUAUGGAAUGUAUAUGUUACUCACACAUCGACGCCAUCAAAUUUGUUACGUAAAAGCUUGGUCACUAAUGAUUACAUGUUAACUCCUAUUACUAACAAUGAUAAAAGCAUGAGUCCAAUUACACAAAGUGCCACUAAGAUGACAAAAGCUAUGCAAGAAACAAUGAUGACACCACGAUCGAGGAAGCCAGUAAUGAUGGUUUCAGGUUCAAACCUCUGUAAUCUUGCCACUGUUAACAAUAGUUGGAAUCAACAUAAUGUGUCUAAUAAUGUACGUGGUUCAAAUCUAGAUAUGGGUGGACCCAUAAAUUGUAUUUCAAUUCUAGAAGAAUCUCACAGACCUAACAGCACGGACAGUGAAGUGAUUUACGGAGAAAGUAUCGAUAUAGAAGACAAAGAAAAUUUUGCCAAAGAUGUAGCAGAAAAACAUAAGUUAUUUACAUCCAUUCCUGAUGACUAUUGCGCGGUUACUCAACAAAGUACAAUGUCUAUAACGAGCACCUUUAGGGAAUAUUUGUUAUCUCGAAGUGUUUUAACUGCUAGUCCUGUUGAUCUUAGUUUUACGUCGCGCACUGGAGAUUUUGAGCAAUCGGAAUCUGACUUGAACAUCUUAAACGAAGAUGGGCUUUCCGAAAGUUUACUUUGUUGCUUAAAUGGAAAUAAUCCAGAAUCGGAUACUUCCGGUAUUGCAUCAGGUAGCACUAACAGCGCGAGUAAUUCAUCGGAAAGAAAUGAUGACAUUGGAAGUUCGCCACGAAAACGAGCGACGAGUUUACAACGUAAUGAUUCCAAACGAUCAGUGAAGGAAAGCAAAACACUACAAAGUAUCAGGGGACAAGGUUUUAAACACAAACAAUUGAGCGAAUCAACGUUAAAUUCGGUAAAGAUAAAAGACACGUUUCAAGAGACUUCAUUCUGA